GGGGAGGAGGCCGGGCGGGCGGGCGGGCGGCGGCGGGAGGGGCCGGGGGAGACUUCCUCGUCUGGGCGCUCGGCGGAGACUUCCUCCGGGCCGCUCCCUCCGACUCACGCAGAGCGCCGCCAGGAGCCCUCCGACCCGGCAUGAACCCAGGUUGUUGAAGCCCCCUGAAGAGCCGGAGCCCGGAGCCCUCGAGUGCCGAGAUGCAGAGCAUCAAGUGCGUGGUGGUGGGCGACGGAGCCGUGGGCAAGACGUGCCUGCUGAUCUGCUACACGACCAACGCCUUCCCCAACGAGUACAUCCCCACCGUCUUCGACAACUACAGCGCCCAGAACACGGUGGACGGCAGGACUAUCAACCUGAACUUAUGGGACACCGCCGGCCAGGAGGAAUACGACCGCCUCCGGACGCUCUCCUACCCGCAGACCAACGUCUUCAUCAUCUGCUUCUCGAUCGCCUGCCCGUCGUCGUACGAGAACGUCAAGCACAAGUGGUACCCGGAGGUCUGCCACCACUGCCCCGACGUGCCGAUCCUCCUGGUGGGCACCAAGAAGGACCUCCGCGCCAGCCCCGAGGCCGUGAAGAAGCUGAAGGAGCAGAACCAACAGCCGGUCACCACGCAGCAGGGGGUCGGCCUCUCCAAGCAGAUCCACGCCGUCAAGUACCUGGAGUGCUCCGCGCUCAACCACGAGGGGAUCAAGGAGGUCUUCACGGAGGCCGUGAGGGCCGUGCUGAACCCCACACCGCCCAAGCCCAAGAAACCCUGCGUGCUUUUGUGAAGGACGCUUGGGCGGGGCAGGCCGGGAGGGGCUUUGGAGAGAAUCUGGUGGCCUCCUCCCUUCCAGGACCGGCAGUUCCCCACCUGGUUUCCCUCCUGCCCCCCAUCACACGAUACCCAGACACUGCAGGACUUUGCCUUCUCGCUUCUCCCCUCCCCGUCCUUCAGCCUGGUUUCUUCUCUGAAACAAUCAGCUCGCUCAGACACACCAACCGCUGUUUGGAGAAGAUAAUAUAAUCCUGGAUAAUAAGUCAGGUUGCCAACUUUGGGUUGGGGAAUUCCUGGAGGCUGGGGCAGUGGAGCCUAGUGGGGGCAGGGUUUGGGGAAGGGAGGGGCCUCGUCGGGAUAUAAAGCAACACAGCCCACUCCUCCAAGCAACCGUUUUCUUCUGGUGAACUGAUCUCUGUUGCUAGGAAACCAGAUGUGAUUCUGGGAUAUCUCCAGGCCCCAGCUGGAGGCUGGCAACGCUCGUACUAAGGAGUGGCUGGAAAGCUCUCUUUGCACUAAUAUAGGCCUUGUUUUUCUGAGAUAACGCUCCCGCUUGGGCGUUGCGUGGCCCACGUGGCUUGGUGGGUCUCUGUUCUGCCUCAGCCUUCCCUGAGGGCUCUAUAAAACAUCUGACUGAGGUGAGGGUUUGCCGGCCUUCCCUGAGGGCUCUAUAAAAUAUCUGGCUGAGGUGAGGGUUUGCUGGCCUUCCCUGAGGGCUCUGUAAACAUCUGGCUAAGAUGAAAGUUUGCCAGCCUUCCCUGAGGGCUCUAUAAAACAUCUGGCUAAGAUGAAGGUUUGCCGGCCUUCCCUGAGGGCUCUGUAAAACAUCUGGCUAAGAUGAAGGUUUGCCGGCCUUCUCCGAAGGCUCUGUAAAACAUCUGGCUAAGAUGAAGGUUUGCCGGCCUUCCCUGAGGGCUCUGUAAAACAUCUGGCUAAGAUGAAGGUUUGCCGGCCUUCUCCGAAGGCUCUGUAAAACAUCUGGCUAAGAUGAAGGUUUGCCGGCCUUCCCUGAGGGCUCUGUAAAACAUCUGGCUAAGAUGAAGGUUUGCCGGCCUUCUCCGAAGGCUCUGUAAAACAUCUGGCUAAGAUGAAGGUUUGCCGGCCUUCCCUGAGGGCUCUGUAAAACAUCUGGCUAAGAUGAAGGUUUGCCGGCCUUCCCUGAGGGCUCUGUAAAACAUCUGGCUAAGAUGAAGGUUUGCCGGCCUUCCCUGAGGGCUCUAUAAAACAUCUGGCUAAGAUGAAGGUUUGCCGGCCUUCCCUGAGGGCUCUGUAAAACAUCUGGCUAAGAUGAAGGUUUGCCGGCCUUCCCUGAGGGCUCUAUAAAACAUCUGGCUAAGAUGAAGGUUUGCCGGCCUUCCCUGAGGGCUCUGUAAAACAUCUGGCUAAGAUGAAGGUUUGCCGGCCUUCUCCGAAGGCUCUGUAAAACAUCUGGCUAAGAUGAAGGUUUGCCGGCCUUCCCUGAGGGCUCUGUAAAACAUCUGGCUAAGAUGAAGGUUUGCCGGCCUUCUCCGAAGGCUCUGUAAAACAUCUGGCUAAGAUGAAGGUUUGCCGGCCUUCUCCGAAGGCUCUGUAAAACAUCUGGCUAAGAUGAAGGUUUGCCGGCCUUCCCCGAGGGCUCUGUAAAACAUCUGGCUAAGAUGAAGGUUUGCCGACCUUCCCUGAGGGCUCUAUAAAACAUCUAAGGUGAAGGUUUGCCGGCCUUCCCUGAGGGCUCUAUAAAACAUCUAAGGUGAAGGUUUGCCGGCCUUCCCUGAGGGCUCUAUAAAACAUCUAAGGUGAAGGUUUGCCGGCCUUCCCUGAGGGCUCUAUAAAACAUCUAAGGUGAAGGUUUGCCGGCCUUCCCUGAGGGCUCUAUAAAACAUCUAAGGUGAAGGUUUGCCGGCCUUCCCUGAGGGCUCUAUAAAACAUCUAAGGUGAAGGUUUGCCAGACCUGCUGAGCAGGAAGGGUGUCCCAGGAAGGCAAAGACAGGAGGUUGGAGCCAGUGACCUCUCCCCAUGGGGAUAGACGCUGGGCAGCCAAGCAGUAAUCUUGCCCAGUAAUCAGGCCGCUGAGAUGACCACGGGCCUCUGGCCAGCAGAACUGAGAUGACCACAAGCUUCAUGACAACCGCUGAUCACGAGGAAGUUGCCUCGGGGACCUUCGCGUGGGGGGUGGGGUGAGUUUGUGCUUCUGCAGAGCUCGCCGGGCCCAGUGAUUUCCCAACCUCCCCCCCACGCAUGCAGACUUCCUUCCUGCCUUUCUCAAAAUGGAUCUCCGGCGGCAAUUCUCUCCAACCGCCGUGCCUAAAAUACCUCCCUGCUUGAGGCCAGCUUUGUCUGCUGCGGGCUUGUUUCUCGAGUGAGGGCUCGGGUUUUGAACCUGUGGCUCUCGUGUGCUCUUGGCUGCACACAUCUGGGCCCCUCCCAAAGACAAGACGGAGAGGCAGGGGCCUUGGCCUUCUGCAAAAGCAGCAGAGGGGGCGGGGGGGGGGCACAUACAAUGCUUGUGUCCAAGUGCAGUUUGCAAAGAGAGGAGUGAACGGGAGUGCCUCCUGUCAUUUCAGUAAACGACGUAUCCUGCACAAAUGUGCAUCUCCGGGCUUGUUCAUGAUUUCUUCUGCCAUGUGGAGGUGGCUGGGAACGAGGCAACCCCCGCCCCGGCCCUCCCCAGCCGGCCCUUCCUGUCUUCACAUGGGCUGAUCCGGACAACCGUAUGAGCCAGAAAACUUGCUUUCCCAGGAUCGCAGCUGCUGCAGGGCGUUGCUUUGGGGCUACUUAGAGCCAGCGUGGCGUAGUGGUUAAGAGCAGGUGCGCUCUAAUCUGGAGAACCGGGUUUGGUUCCCCGCUCUGCCACUUGGGCUGUGGAGGCUUAUCUGGUG